UGAGAGAGCAAAUGGAGCAGGGCUGGAGACAUGGCUUGCGGGGGUGCGACGUGGUGGCCCAGAUUCAGUCUUCAUGAAGGAGAACCCGUCAUAUCCCAAAUGGGGUCAGACAGCAAGCAGGAAACAUGGCCUCCAAGCUGUCUCUCCGGCUGCUCCCCGCGUUCGUCAUGGACAACGAGGAGGACGAUGACGGGAACUUCACCAAGUGGAUGAGCAGCUACUGGGGCCACGGAGACGGCAAACAAGAGCAGCAGCAUCAUCACAAGGAGCGCAAGCACAGCUUCCGCACGCCGGCCGGACGCCGUCAGGCCGACCGCCGCGCCUCGCUGCCUUGCCCGUCACAGCUAGAUGCCAUGCACCUGAGUCGACUGCACACUGCCACAAUGGCUGCCGCCCCGGCGCACCUGAAGACGGGCCGCGAAGACAAGGACACCAGGUUACACCCUCGGGCGCGCAGGGUCUCGUCUGACGAAAACGCCCGCAGGAGCAACAUCCCGGCCCCCAACAUCACCACUAUCCCAGAGCUCGCAGAGACCUUCGAGAAGAGGUUGCGCUUCCGCAACCAGAAAAUCUUGUCAUUGGGUGACGCCGACAAUAUCUGCCUGCUUUGCCAUGAGGACAAGCGCACGGGGCCCGUCCAAGAACUGCACUGCUCACAUGGAUUUCAUAAAGAGUGCCUGGAGCAGUGGCUCUGGAAUGAGAGCAAAUGCCCCAUCUGCAAAGCCAAAGUGGCCAUGCCUCAACCCUCCUACUGGUCCUCUGCACGUGUCCAGUUCCCCUGAUUCUGACCUGGUCGGGACCGGCACCUGGGGUCUCCUCCAUCCACCACCACCCAGCAUGCCCUUACUUUUCCCACUCCCCUGCUUCUCCUCCCAUCUCUGCAUGCAGCUACUACUACCACUAACAAGACACGCGUCAGGCUGAUCAUGGGCUUUUUUCAAUGUGAUGUCAGACAAGUUCCCUUUGGAAGCGAAAGAAUGUUUUUAUACGUAUGUGUCUAUGGCAACGGAUGCAACUUAUGCCUGUUUUGAGUGCAUAAAAUGUUCAGUAUUUGAAUGUGUCUGACGUCAUGUGGAAAAGGCCCACUGCAUGUGCUCUGCUUUGCUGUCUGGCUUGGGUGUUUCUCAGAGCAAGAGCGCCACCCAGAGGACAUUUAGUGCAACACCGAACCUGAGAGCAGUAACUCAAAGCCACUUGCAGCCUCAAGAAGUCAUAGAGCCAACUGCAAUCCAAGCUACAGUUAACUCCAAAUCUAAGCUAACUAAUUACUAGGUGUAGGCUUGUCAUCGGUUGGCUCAGUGCUGGAUAAUGGCAGUUAUGUCAUGCUCACUGCCAGUGACUCUUCAACCAGGUACAGGGCAAGGGUCACGUCAGUACACUUUACUGGACUUAGCAGUUAACACAUUCCAUUUCAGAGUUAACAAAAAAGGACAAAAAAAGCAACAUUGUAUGUUUCAGGCAAGGAGAAUCUCACAAACCUCAUUGUUUUGUAAAUAGGCAUGUCUUUCUCUCUAUUAUUAUUGUCAAGGCCAGAUCCCCAUAGCUUGAUGCUGACAAUCUCAAUCUUUGUAAAUGUGUUUUUUUUCUCUGUUGGGGAAAGCAAUAGUGCUCUCCCCUUUGGUACUGUAUUUUAAUUAUGUACUUUUUCUUACCCCUUUAUUACACUAUUAUACUUCCAUAUAGUCAUGAUGAACUUCUAUGUAAUUAAAUGGUGACGUGAUUUUUUUUAAUAGCUGUCGGUCGUUCCCUUGUCUUUAGGUGGCUAUGGUCUACUGUACGAUGUGGGAAAGAUAUUUUCUUUUGCUUCAUGCCAAACUGUCUCAAGUUUUUACAACUUAGACAAAAAUAAUGUUCUGUAAAUACUGUAAAUAUUUAAAAUUAUUUAAUUCUUUUGAGUGAUUCUUUUACAAUGAAUAGAUCUAGCACACUUUGCUUUCCAGCGUCACACUGCUGUUGACAUUGUGAUUAGGGGAAAUGCUUUGGUGUGCAAUGCCGACUAACCACUUGCCAAUAUCUACAGCGAUUCUUAUGUACCAGUUCAUUAGCCUAAAAGCAAAAUGGACUUUUCACUUCCAUGGCCAAAACAUUAACUGUGACUAUCUUCUUCCUAGUCCGGUGUAAAAUUCUGUGACAGUGAAUAGGUGAAAAUACUGCAAGUGUGUUGAUAACCAGCUGAAAUAAAGUGACGAUGGACAGACUCUGCCCCAGACUACAUUCAUUACAAAUAGUGUCCUUAAUAUGCACUUUCAAUUUUUGUAAAGUAGGCCUUCAUUAAAACUCAUGUAAUUUUGUAGUGUAAUAGAAUUUACAGACAUAAUUUU